CAGUUUCAAAAUUACCGGUCAGGGCAAACUCGGGAACAUAAAACUUUUAUUUAUUUAUCGUUAUAUGUUCACUGAAAUCUUAAUAUGAAUAGAGAUUUCGGUCCUUUUUGUGAGCAACGCGUUUACACACUUCUAUUUGAGACGCUCACCUUGUGAAAAAACCGGUUGGGUUUUGUAGGUUAUAACUUGUAUUUAUUCUAUUUAAUUGUACUCUCGCUAUGGGUGUAGUUCUACGGAAUCUUCAGAGCGUGGUUCCUCUGAGACGCGCCAGACUGCGCAGAGAUGUGGAGGUCCUGAGACACAUCUUCGGGGUCCAGAGGUUUGACCUGGGCAUCAUCUGUGUGGACAACCGCAGGAUUCAACACAUCAACAACCUUUACAGAAAAAACAACCAGCCCACAGACGUGCUGUCGUUCCCCUUCUACGAGGAUUUGAGGCCUGGCAAAAUCCCAUGUGCCCUCCAAAGAGAUGAGUAUAACUUAGGCGACAUCUUCUUGGGUGUAGAGUAUGUAAAGCACCGGUGUAAAGAAACUUCCCAGGAUCUUCAUGAAGCACUUACAGUGGUGACUGCUCAUGGGAUCUGUCACUUACUGGGAUACAGACAUGAAACCGAAGAGGAGUGGAUUGAGAUGCAGCAGAAAGAAAGUUACAUUCUCAGCGAGUUCAACAGGCUAACAGGCAGCCACCUCGAGCCACUCACUAAGAGAUGCACAUAGGACAUGUGACGCUCCUGAAAUAAAGGAGGAAAACAUUCACUACCAAGUAGUUCUGAAUCUGGAAUCAAAACCAAUGAAACACGGUU